UUGAAAUGUAUUUCUUCGCAGCGCUCGGUGGUAACCAACUCGUGGGGAUUAUUUUCACCACAGUUUCCCUCAUUACUGCGGACGAAGUAUUUCAAGUAAUCCAAACCCCUCAACGUACCAGCUUAACCGUUGGUGAAAAUGCCAUUUUCAGCUGCACAAUUUCCAGCUCUGAAGACACAUCAAAUGUCAACAUUUACUGGUGGAAACUUGGCGAAGUAAAUCUCAUUCAACCAGAUAGCAGGAAACAUAUUGACAGUGGGGAAGAAAAGGGCUCACUCCAGCUCCUGAAUAUCAGUAUCGCCGACUCUGGAGUCUACCACUGCGGAAUCAAAUUCAGAGGAGUAGAUGUGGCAAAUGGGAGUGGAUCACAGCUUAUUGUCAGUGCUUCACCAACUCCUCUGCAAAUUCUUAGAAAUAGAGGACAGCCAUCAACUCUCUUCUGUAAUAUGGCUCCAUUUUACCCGGCAGGAGUGACUAUUGUUUGGUAUAAAAAUAACAAAACCAUUUCGAAUGGAAUAAAUACUACUCAAAGGCUCAACAACGCCGGCAUGUAUGAAGCUUCUAGUACUCUUCAUGACGCACAGCUUGCUCAGAGCGGUAGCGUUUACACAUGUCUGGCAUCUCACGUAACUCUGAAAAUUCCAGCCAUGGCAAUUUAUUUGGUUCCUAAUUUCAAUCCAGAUCGAGACGCCUGGACCUCGACUAAUUUUUAUUUAAAGGUUUUUGGAUCCACAGGGUUUGCACUGACACUCUUUCUUCUAAUGGUCAUUACCAGAAUCCCGUUCAGGUUCAUCAGCUGUCGAGACCGUUGACGAUUAAAAAGUAGCAAACCACUGUGGCAAACAGGCUUUAUGCGUGGGAUUCUGAGAGGAAAAUGCAGAGAUGAUGACUUCAAUAUUGUUGCCAUAAUACUGCCGUGAAAAUUAUAAGUUAUCUCCAAAUAACAGCUAUUUGUGUGUGUGUUUUGGUUGCAAUGCAUGUUUUCCGAUAACUGGUCUCAGUAUAGAGAUUAUAUAUUCUUUCCAGCGCAGCAUUUUGGUUCUCCGCUCACCUGUCCAUUAGAAACCUGUUAUUACCUAACUCGAGGAAAGUUCCAGUGUUGAUCUUCUACAUGAAAAUGUAAAUCUGAUUGCUCACUAAGGUAUUUAACAGAAUAAUGUCGUUGUUUUUAGUCUACAACUCAGUCCCUCUGAAUAUCUGAAUAUGAUACGGAGAAUGUGGCUGAGAAGAAUAAUAAAUUGGCCGAAUGGCUUAAUUCCGAUGAAUUGUUUUAUGGCGUUAUGAUCUUACGUUCUUAAAAUACCUUAGACAGUGUUUUAUGCUUUGCAGUUUGAUCGCUAUUCGCUGAGCCAUAACGAAAAAUGUUUAGGCAGCUUUCGUGCCAUUUAGAUAGGCUUUUAUUUAAACUGAAAAAAAAUCCUUAAUGUUCAUUCGUGAAUUAUUGUGGAGAAAUUAGGUAUCAAUAAUCUUGAACUAAAUGCCCUUUUGCGCAAAAUGAAAUGUAAGUUUCUGGAAGACAAUUUUCUGAAGACGCCCACUACUGUUUGGAGUGCUGUUAUACUCCAUUAAUAACCAUUCAUUUAAUGGCUCUCUUCCUGCUAAUUAUUCUUACAGUUCCAUCUUCCGUUUCUUAUUAAUAUCAAACUGUGGCCUAUUUCAAACGUUUCUUCGUAUUCCUUCACAAUCAUCUUCCACCACUGCAGCAUCCAUUAUCAGCCUUACCCAAACUUUUUGUUCUGGAGGAACCCUUGAAGUAAGUUUCAGGUCUGAGGGAAUUCCUGCAUAAGAAUUAUAAUAUCUAGAGCUCACAGUACAUUAGCAUAAUCAGUAGAUUGUACAUAUAAUACUGUAAUCCAAAAAUAAUUCUGAAUGCUCUUUGGAAUAGAGAAUGAAUUUUUAGCUGACUUUUCUUGAAAACAAAACAGGUAUUUAAGCUUAGCUUAUAUUUCUUGAAUUUACUCUUUCGUUCUCUUUCAUAAGUUUUAAAAGCUCAUAAGGCAAAUAAUAACUACUGCUGUACAUACCGUCCUUACACAUCUGGAGAAGAAGGAUGUUUAUGUGAGAACAUUGUUCUUGGACUACAGUUCAACAUUCAACACCAUAGUUCCAUCCAGGCUUGACAAGAAGCUCAGAGACCUCGGCCUUGACCCUGCCUUGUGCAGCUGGAUCUUGUACUUCUUGUCAGAUCGCCAGCAGGUUGUAAGAGGAGGCUCCCUCACCUCCAACCCCCUGACUCUCAAUACAGGAGCCCCUCAAGGCUGCGUACUGAGUCACCUCCAUUACACCCUGUAUACCCAUGACAGUUCCGCCACCUACAGCUCCAAUCUGCAAACUAAAUAUGCCGACGACACUACACUGAUGGGCUGCACUGCAUUUAUCUCAAACAAUAACGAGGUGGCCUACAGGGAAGAAGUCAUCUCUCUGACACAGUGCUGUCAGAAUAACAGCCUCUCCCUCAAUGUCGCAAAAACAAAGGAGUUGGCUGUGGAUUACAGGAGAAAUAGAGAUGAGCUAACCUUAAUUGACAUUAAUGGAUCUGGGGUGAGAGGGUAAACAGCUUCAAGUUCCUCGGCAUCCACAUCACUGAGGAUCUCACGUGGUCUCACACACCAGCUGUGGGGUGAAAAGGGCACAAGAGCGCGUCUUUCAACUCAGACGGUUGAGGAAGACUGGAUGGCCCCCCCAAACUCUUUCUAUAGGGGCACAAUUUAGACCAUCCUGACUGGCUGCAACACUACCUGGUAUUGGAACUGUACCUCCCUUAACCAUAGGAUUCUGCAGAGAGUGGUUAGGACAGCCCAGCGCAUCUGCAGUUGCGAACUUCCCAUGAUUCAUGACAUUUACAAGGACAGGUGUGUAAAAAGGGGCCAUAGGAUCAUUGGGCACCUAAGCCAUCACAACCACAAUCUAUUCCAGCUUUUACCAUCUGCAAAGCGAUACUGCAACAUAAAAGCCCAGACCAGCAGGCUCCAGGACAGGUUUUUCCACCAGGCCAUCAGACUGAUGAACUCACCCUGAUUUGAGUGUACUCUAUAUUACAUUGACUGUUCUAUUUAUUAUAAAUUCAGAUUCAGAUUCAGUUUAAUGUCAUUUAGAAACCACAAAUGCAAUGCAGUUAAAAAAUGAGACAACGUUACCCCAGAAUGAUAUCAUAAAAGCAUAUGACAAAACAGACCACACCAAAAAAUCUACAUAACGUUUGGCAAUCGCCAAUCCAGAGUCCAGAGAGGCUCCUGCGCCCUCAUACCGCACUACCGUCUAGAGCGUUCCCCGGAAAGGAGCUCCAAAUCCACCAGACAAACAAGACCAAAAACUAAAGCUACAAGACCUGCACAAAACAACAUAAUUACAACAUAUAGUUACAACAGUGCAAACAAUAGCAUAAUUGAUAAAAGAAAACAGACUAUGGGCACAGUAAAAAUAGUCCAAGAUGUUAAAGGACUGUAAGUUCAGAAGAAAUCACCAAAGUUUCCGCAAGUUCCCAGGGUCCCGACAGCCUCGCCAUCCCACGCCGGCGGCAGAAGAGAAUACCCCCGCUAUGGACUUCCACGGUAGCACACAGUGGAAGCUCCGUCAAAACCAGCCUCGCGAAAGCGACCUGAGUCCGUCGAAAGGACUCCGAGUCCGUCGACACAGCUUCUCCUUGCACCAUCCUCUGCCAAGCGUAUUAAGGUGGCCCCUCCAACGGCCAUCGGCAACGCGACCCCGAAGACUGGGGGCCUGUUCUUCUCAGCAGAGUCCCGGACCUCAUAGCAGCAGCAGCAACGAAGAAGGUCUUCCUGGAAUUUCCCGAUAUUUCUCCAUGCUUCCACGACCGUUUUCAAUCGAUUAUGAUUGCGCACGGCACCCCACUUCACAAAUAACAUCUAAUCAGCUCCGGAGUAGCCGCUGCAAGCUGCGUCGCGCCGCCAUCUUGGACCUUGAUUAAAUUAUUAAACAUUACUAUGAUUGCACAUUUAGAUGAAGACGUUACAUAAGGAUUUUUACUUUUCAUGUAUGUGAAAGAUGUAAGAAAUAAAGUCAAUUCAAUUUGAUUCGAUUCGAUACAAUAAAUUUCUGAAUUCUGGGUCGAACUUGAGAUGAACACAGAGGAAUUUUGCCUUCAGUUAAAAUGACGAUUUCUGUCCUUGCUCUUGAUGCGUCUUAAACAAGGAAAAGCUUGUUCACACAAGUAAGAAUUUGAAAACUACUGGAAAAUAUUCAUUGCUUUCCUAUGUACGACAGGAUACUCUUCUUCCAGAGCUUGUUCAGGGGCAUUUCAGUAAAUCUCAUCUUGAGUGUAUGAUCAGAGUACAGCUCACAAAGUUCUUUCGCUUCCCUCAAAGUCAAUUUCUCAGGCUGAGCAGAUGAUUCAAAGAAAGGAUCCCUCACCCAGUCGAACAUGUGUUGAAAGGGUAAAAAAAUACUGUUCAAUUUUGUUCUGCAGUUCUUCCAGGUGGUUUUCAAUAAGACUCGAGACUUUCUGAUACCCUUCUUCACUCUCAAGCCCAAACAGGAAUGGAAUUCGCUUUGCAGUUCAAACAUCUUGUUGAGAACUCUUCCUCUGCUAAGCCUCCGGAUUUCUGUAUGUAGCAGAUUAGUGUACUUUUUGUCUAGGUUUUCCCACAGUUUUCUAAACAUUCUCGGGUGACCUGGUUUUAAAGUUACUAAAUAACCUGAAUCUUGUAUCUGACUGUGACUUUAUUUUCAAAAACUUUAGUCUGUUUGUUUUGAGAAUCCAAUAGUCGUUUAAAAUAAUUAGUACUUUUACGUGUCAUAUGUCUCUGAAUUGUAGUUAAGUGCCUUUUCAAUUUUGCUUGAGCCAUUGCUAUAUUUGUAAAUUGUUCGCCACAGACUAGACGCAGUGGAAAAGGACAACUUGGGUCACCAGUCCAUAAGCAGCUUUCAUUGUAAAGAUAUAAUACCUGCUGACUACUUUAGUCCCGUCCACUGCUUUUGUUUCCAGGACCCAGAAGAGGCUGGUGGACUUCUUCUGGGGUAACAGGAGGGAUUGGGUCUCUGCUACUGUCUUGACUCUGCCGAUUGCGGAGGGCGGUCAGUCAUUGGUGUGCGUGCGCUCCCAGCUGGAGGCUCUCAGCAUUGGGAACUUGCAGAGGUACCUGCAAUCACCCUUGCAGAGCACCCUUCAAGAUCGUGUGCUCAGAUGAUACACCUUCUCCGCCAAGUACACUGCCUGCGGGAGAGCACGUGGCUUCUAGGGGACAGCAUCAGCUGCGCUGCUUUGAGGGAACUGCCUCGCUUUUAUCGAGAACUGUUAAGGGUCUAUUCUCAUCCAGACAGGGUGCUCCUGCGACAUUGGGGGGUGGGGGGUCUAUGAGGGUGACUGGUCCCAUCCUAUCACGGUGGGUGUCGAGAAAAUACAGAGGAAAUGCAUUUGGUAGUGGAGUGAUUUCCCCAGUGGAAAUCCCAUCAAGCAGGGGUCUUUUCCCCUGAACAUUGGAGACCUGGGUGGAAGGCGUUGCAUAGGACACUACCGUACAAUAGGUCUUUAAGCGGGUUCACUGACAACCGUCCACUUGUCAAUUCUAUGGCUGGGAGGAGUCAGUGUAACAUGUUUAUAUGGAAUGUGAGCCCGUCUUUGAGUAUCCGAAGAAGCUGCUGGUCAGGUUCUGGUUGCACUUCAGCCUCGUGUUCCUUAUAUACAGGCACCCAAUACGGAAGGGGGCGGGUCGCGAGAAGGAUCUACUGGUGGGCUUGUUCCUGGGCUAUGCCAAGAUGGUCAUUCACGGGUCUACGGGUCUUGGCGGUGGAAAGUCGAGGGUUCUGUCAGGAGCGACUGCCUGCCCCUCUUCCGAGGAUAAGUUCGUGCCAAGCUGUCCAUGAAGAGGAAGCAUGCGGUCACAAUAAGUACAGAGGGAGAUGCCCAGGAGAAGUUUCCCCCUCCCGGGAAUUGACUGCU